UUCAUUUAUAAGUGUUUCUUCUGAACGUGAAGAAGUGAGCUUUAUAGCGUAGAAUCAAUAUGACGGCAAUACCCACCACCUACAAUGAGAAGGAUAAAACCUGGAGUGGUGCGAAAAGUAGUUCCAUCUUUAAUUAUGACACGUCUGUUGGCAGAAUAAUUUUCAAUACCAUGAAAAAUUGGCCAAAAAUCGUUGUUCAGAUUAACGAUGUUGACGGCGUAUCAGUGACAAACUCUCAGGCUAUUACUUGGGCCAUACGGAUAGCACAGUACUUGAAAAAGCGAGGACUUAACAACACGGAUGUUAUCGGUAUUGCUGCUAAAAAUACCACUUACCUUAUGCCCUUGGGAAUUGCCUGUCUAAUGAACGCCACGCCCUUCCAUGCCAUAUCUCCCAUGCUAGAAGAGGAAACCAUCAAAUAUGUUUUCGGAAUAACGAAGCCAAUGCUUAUAUUUUGUGAUGGACAUGAUUAUGAGAAGAUACAUUCGGCUACCCGAGGCUGGAAUCCUGAAAUAUAUACACUGAUCGAUCCUAUUGAGGGUGUUCCCAAGAUAGAGACCCUGCUGGAUCCCACAACAACAGAAAUGUUCUACCAACCGGAGCCGCUGAAGACUGGUGGAGAUCAAACAGUGGCGAUUUUGUGUUCUUCAGGAACCACAGGAUUACCGAAAGCCGUCUGCAUAUCAAAUAGUAUCCUUGUUCAGGAUAGUCUGCUCAUUAACAGUGAAUCGGUAAUUUAUACAUCUAGCUCUUUGGAUUGGAUUACUGGCCUUUGGGCAUUUGCCAUCAACACAGUAUUUGGAUGUACUCGUAUUAUAACAAAUAAACCCUUUAGUCCCGAAUACUUUGUGCAGCUGGUGAAAAAGUACAAGAUCACUACUGCCAUGGUACCUCCCAGACAUCUUUCCGCUUUGGUCUCUUGUCCAGAUGCCACGACAGAGGCUCUUGCGUCACUACGUAUGCUCAGCUACGGUGGCGGACUGGCGACCUUAGCCACAUUGCAGCGUGUCCAAGAAAUUUGCAAGACUACCAUGCUGAGCUCCGGGUACGGCAUGACCGAGGUGGGUUCCAUAACAGCUAACAUUGGUAUCACCAAUAACAACGCCGCUGGAAGACUUUUGCCGGGCAUUAAAAUCCGAAUUGUCAAUGACGAUGGAAAAAGAUUGAGCUAUAAUCAAGUUGGAGAGAUAUAUGUACACACUGGAAAGCCCUGGAAUGGUUAUUACGGUAAUCCAGUGGAAACCCGACGUAUGCAAGACUUUGAGGGUUGGUACCACACCGGUGACCUGGGUUACUUUGAUGACCAGAACUUCCUAUACAUUGUCGAUCGCAAGAAGGAGAUCCUCAAGUACCAGAGUCUGCACUAUUGGCCCACAGAAAUCGAGACCGUCAUUGCAGAGCUUCCGCAGGUGCAGGACGUUUGUGUUGUGGGAAUCUAUGAUGAACGUCAAGGCGAUGCAGCUGGUGCUUUGGUAGUCAAGCGCCAAGGAUGUGAGAUCAGUGCCAAGGAAAUUAUUGAUCAUGUAGCCAAGCGAUUGACAGGCCUGGAAAAGCAACUCCAUUCCGGAGUUCGAUUCACGGAUAAGUUGCCCGCCAACGUCAAUGGAAAGACCCUACGCCAGGCUGCGCGGGAAGUAUUUGCCUCUCAAAAUGGAACCAGCAAAUAAUUGUUAGUUAUUUUAAUCUCUAUUGUUAUACCCGUCACUUAUAUUGUACUCAAUUAAAUGUAUGUAACAGGGAGAACGAUCAGCAUCAAAGGCCAA